AUGUGCGUUAUGGCGACGUUCACCGGCUUUACGGUCCUCGUCGCGCUGCUCGCAAUCGGGGCAGUGCGAUGCGAGGAUGAAACUAUUGGACCUAUAUUCAUGAAGGAACCCCCGAACCGAGUAGAUUUUAGCAACACGACUGGAGCGGUAGUAGAAUGCGCUGCCCGAGGAUCCCCCGCCCCCGACGUCAUUUGGGUUCGAGCUGAUGGUACUGCGGUUGGUGAUGUUCCCGGACUGCGACAGGUUUUACCUAAUGGAAAUCUGGUGUUCCCUCCAUUCCGAGCGGAAGAUUACAGACAGGAAGUGCACGCUCAGGUUUACGCUUGCCUUGCUAGGAACCCAGUCGGAACUAUUCACUCAAGGGACGUUAAUGUACGAGCUGUUGUACAGCAGCAAUAUGAAUCCGAAGUUAAUAAUGAAUAUGUAAUUCGAGGAAAUUCAGCAAUCCUUAAAUGCUCCAUACCGUCGUUCGUAGCUGAUUUUGUCAAUGUAAUAUCAUGGCAGGAUGAAGCCGGAAAUUCAUUUACUUUAAAUGGAAGCAAGGAUGGCGAGGUUGUUACACAGUAUUAUGAAGCAGAAGUAGUGUCAGAAUAUGUUAUAAGAGGCAAUACAGCAGUAUUAAAAUGCAACAUCCCAUCUUUCGUCGCCGAUUUCGUUAAAGUAGAAGCAUGGGUCGACUCUGACGGAGGCGAAUAUUUGCUUACCGAUGACAUCGUUGUAAAUCAGUUUUAUGAAGCAGAAAUCUUGACAGAAUACGUUAUACGUGGAAAUGCGGCUGUUUUAAAAUGUUCAAUUCCUUCUUUUGUCGCGGAUUUUGUGAAAGUAGAAGCAUGGAUUGAUGAAGAAGGAACUGUCAUUAAGCAAUCUGAAGAUCUUGUUGUCUCACAGCAUUACGAUACCGAAGCUGAAAAUGAAUAUGUGAUUAGAGGGAACAGUGCUAUCGUUCACUGCAAGAUUCCUUCAUUUGUUAGUGAUUUCGUUUAUGUGGAAUCUUGGCUCAUGGAUGAUGGGGAGAUACUUACAAUUAACAAUACAAAUAUAUCAGAUGCCGUGCUUCAAGCGUAUGAAGUUAGAGUCAAUGAUGAAUUUGUUUUGCGAGGAAACACAGCUAUCUUGAAAUGCAUCGUGCCUUCCUUUGUAGCCGAUUUUGUUAAUGUCGCAGCGUGGCUAAUGGAUAACGAAACUAUUAUCCCUGAUGAAAGUGCAAAUAUAGAUUCCGUAGUCCAUCAAAAUUACGAACCACGUGUUAUAGAUGAAGAUGUUCUUCGUGGGAACUCGGCUAUAGUCAAAUGCUCUAUACCGUCAUUUGUAUCAGAUUACGUGCAUGUUCUGGAAUGGGUAACGGACGAAGAGUCCCUCUCUGCGUUUUCGUUGAAUGACUCUGAGGGCAAUUACGCUGUUAACCAAUUCUACGAAUCGCAAGUUUACGAUAUAUACGUCAUACGCGGUAAUGCCGCCGUAUUCAAAUGCCACAUCCCAUCGUUUGUGUCCGAUCACGUGCAAGUUGUUUCUUGGCAUGACAGUGAGGGUGGAGAGUUCUUGGUAGAUACUAACUAUGUCGUUACUCAAGCUUAUACUGUUAACCUAAUGGAAGAGAGUGUUUUACGUGGUAAUGCUGUGAUACUCAAAUGUCAUAUCUCUACCUUCGUUACUGAAUAUGUCAGCGUAUCAUCUUGGAUUAUUUCGGAAGCCGAUACUGAUGUAUUAGAAAUUAAAGCAGAAUCGUCGUUUGAUUUGGUUGUUUCUCAAGCUUAUACUGUUAAUCUAAUGGAAGAAAAUGUUUUACGGGGAAACUCUGCAAUUGUUAAGUGUCAUAUACCAAGCUUUGUUUCGGAAUAUGUAAGUGUCUCUUCAUGGAUUAUUUUCGAAGGAGAUAUUGAAGAAAAAGAAAUUAAUGGCACUGGAUUUAAUAACUUGGUUGUCUCUCAAUCCUACACCGUCAAUCUUUGGGAGGAAAACGUUUUACGAGGCAAUUCUGCGAUACUUAAAUGUCAUAUCCCAAGUUUUGUUUCCGAGUAUGUUACAAUUAGUUCUUGGAUAAUUUCCGAAGGAGAAAAUGACGAAAUGGAUAUAAACUUAGAUUCUGAUUUUAAAUUGGUCGUGUCUCAAGCUUACGAUGUAAAAUUUUGGGAGGAAUACGUCUUGCGUGGAAACGCUGCUAUACUGAAAUGUCAAAUCCCAAGUUUUGUUUCUGAAUAUGUAUCAGUUUCGUCGUGGAUAAUAUCUGAAGAUUCAAUCGAAAAAGAAAUUAAAGUAGAUGAUUCUUCUGACUUAGUGGUUUCACAAGCAUAUGCUGUAAAUCUUAUGGAAGAAUAUGUCCUUAGAGGAAACGCAGCGAUUUUAAAAUGCCAUAUACCAAGCUUUGUGUCGGAGUACGUGACAGUUGUAUCAUGGAUUGUGAGUGAAGGCGCAGAGGAGGUUGAAAUUAAUCUUGAUUCUAAUCAUAAUUUAGAUGAGGGAAAAUACUUAGUACUUCCAUCUGGUGAAUUACACAUUCGUGAUGUUGGACCCGAGGAUGGUUAUAAAUCAUACCAAUGCAGAACUAAGCAUAGACUGACAGGAGAAACUCGUUUAUCAGCUACCAAAGGGCGUCUUGUUAUUACCGCAGACGACGAGCCACAGAAAUUACCAGCUUUGCCGAUCUACCUAUAUGCCGGUAAGAUACUUGAAAUUAAUGGCAUUUUGCGUGAUUUCUCAGAGCCAAUAGGCCGAGUGCCACCUAAGUUCUCUACUACUCAAGUGGGCGCGAUGUAUAUAGCCAAGUUGGACGCGACAUAUUCGUUACAGUGCCCAGCUCAGGCUUUCCCUGUCCCCGUGUUCAGG